GUUAACUCUUCUUAUUUGUAUUCCGUUGAUUCCCUCACUAAUCAGGCUGUACGGCGGUUUGAUAAAAAUUGGUUCAUGAAAGAGCUCGUUUUAACUCAGUGCAUCAUUUUGUUUUUCAUCCGGGAGACCGCCUUUAAUGUUUUUUAUGGCGUAAAAUACUUUUUAUGUGUAAAAUGCGGUUUUGAAUAGUAUGUAUAUGUUACUUGAGGCAAAUGUUGUUAGUAUAAAAAACCCCAUUCAAUGAAAGUAAUAUAAUACGCUUGAAUGAUCACAUUUGACGUAUAUAGAUUAAAUUCAGCUUGCUCUAAACAAUUUUUUUGGUUGAUUAUUUGGGAGGCGGGAAUGGCAGUAACUUGAAAUUUAGCGUAUUCAUGCAUGUGACGUUCUCACUUUUUUUUUUUUUAUCAAUUCUUUUUUGGGCCGAUUUCCUUUCUCCCACUUUUUUCCCCAUAUAAGUUUUCACCAAAUGGCUACUGUGGAAGAUGAAAGCUCUUACGAUUACGUUUUUAAGCUUGUUGUAGUUGGUGAUUCAGGUGUAGGAAAGACCAAUUUGUUAGGCCGCUUUGUUCACGACACAUUUGAUUUUGCCUCGAAAAGUACGAUUGGUUUGGACCUGACAAUUAAGAACAUGGUUGUUAAAGGUAAACGGGUUCGAGCACAAAUAUGGGAUACAGCUGGACAAGAGCGUUACCGCUCCAUUACAAAAAGAUAUUAUCGUGGUUCUGUUGGAGCACUGCUUGUAUAUGAUAUAACAAAGCGUGAUUCUUUCUCGGGAAUAUCCCGGUGGUUAAACGAACUGAGAAUUAAUGAGGCUCAUCCAGAUAGUAUUAUCAUGUUGAUUGGAAAUAAGUCUGAUUUGGAAAAGGAUCGAGCGGUGACUCAAGAGGAAGCAAUGGAUUAUGCAAAAAAGAAUGGAUUGAUGUUUAUGGAAACAAGUGCACUGGAUAAUGUCAACGUUGAAACAGCCUUUGAGACUUUAAUUUACAACAUUUUUGAUAAACUGUCUGGAAAAUUAACAACGAUGGAUGAUAAAAGGGCAGAAAUUAUGCGUGGACAAGCCAUCCAAUUGAGUACACCUGCUGACAACAAUGGAGGCAACAAGUCCAGUAGUUGUGCUUGCUAAAAAAAAUGACUCCAACAAUAAUACCCUUUUCUCGAAAUAUUCCCACUAAUAAACAAUCUUUUGUCAUGAGCAUUUCCCAUUUACAAAU